AUGUCGUUGAGCAACGAUCCAGCCGACCCGGCUGAGCGUGCUGAGCUCCACCUUCCUCCAAAGAGCUACCUAGRGGCUGUCGAAGAAGCAUUGGAAACUGAAGUGCCGCCGAUAGACGAAGAUACCAUCAAGGAAUCACCUCCGCGUAGCCAUUCACGCGGAUCCAGCGAACCGCGACCACUAGGAGAGGUAAUCGACGAGCCCGCGCCUGGAUCACCUGCUUUGAGGCAUCCUAAGGGGAGGCUCGAAUCAACGUCCAGUCGCGAGAGCUACGCUGGUGCGGUCAAGGAUCAUCCGCCGUCCCCGAACGGACUUCCCAACGGCGACGGAAUGGGAAUGCCCGUCAAGAGCAAUGGUGGGGGCCUUCGCCAUGUUAGUAAUGGAGGCGAGAGACUGGAUUCCAAUGGAGGCGCCAGUACCAAUGGCCACAGCAAUGGAGGUUCGAAUGAGGAUGGUAGCAGGACACCAGAAAUGUUCGACGGAGUAGGUGAGGACGAAGAGCCGCGAUCGCCCAUAAGAAAAGUCCACAAGCGUGGCUCGUCACGUCAAAUGAGCGGCAACGAAAAGGAUGGCCACAAGCAAACUGCAGGACCGCCAACAAAUGGAAAUGUCAUAGGCAUAGACGGCACAUCGGAAGAGAAGCUAGAGCCUGGUGCUCUCGUCUAUGAGAACCUCCGGAACAAGUCUGGCGAGAACCUGGCAUCGAUCAAGCCGUUUGAAGCCUACGACACAAGUCUCGCACAGAAGGAAAACAAAAAGUCAUCAAAUCAGCACUCCAAACAAAUGAACAGGAAAGACGGCGAUAGUGAUCUUGUAUCCGGCCGUCGUGUUGGCGAAGGCUGGGGUAGGAGCGCAAUCCGAUGGGCACCGCUGAAUGUGCCACUGCAACGACGUCUUCAAACACUACUCGUGCUCCUCCACACGCUGAGUAUCGCAGGUGGCUUGGCCUUGUUUCUCUUCCUGUGCGCCAUACCUAUUCUCUGGCCGAUUGUGAUUCCAUACCUUCUGUACACCACGCUUUCAAGAGCGUCCGUUGAUGGCCGCCUCGCGCAGCGUUCCGAGUGGUGUCGGGGAUCAAAGAUUUGGUCUUUGUUCGGCUCUUACUUUCCUGCUCGUCUCCAUCGCAGCCAGGAGUUGGAGCCCACAAGAAAGUACAUAUUCGGGUACCACCCUCAUGGUAUCAUUUCUCAUGGUGCUUUCGCGGCCUUCGCAACGGRGGCGCUGGGUUUCAAGCAACUCUUCCCGGGCAUCACCAACACUCUACUCACACUUGAUGCAAACUUCAGGAUACCGCUAUAUCGCGAAUAUGCACUCCGCAUGGGCUUAGCGUCUGUCUCUCGGGAGUCAUGUGAGAACCUCCUUUCCCACGGCGGAACCAAUGGUGAGGGUAUGGGUCGUGCUAUCACCAUUGUUGUUGGCGGAGCACGCGAGAGUCUUGACGCGCUUCCCUACACUCUGCGUUUAGUACUCAAGCGUAGGAAGGGCUUUGUCAAGCUUGGAAUCCGACAAGGAGCCGAUCUCGUCCCUGUGCUGGCAUUUGGCGAGAACGACAUUUACGACCAAUUCGAUACUGAGGCACAUCCGUGGAUUCACAAGGGUCAAAUGCUUGUAAAGAAGCUGAUGGGGUUCACGGUACCCCUCUUCCAUGCWCGUGGCGUCUUCAACUAUGAUGUCGGCAUGAUGCCCUAUCGCCGCCCAAUCAACAUUGUUGUCGGCAGACCCAUUCGUGUGCUGCAGAACAAGAACCCCGAUCAAGCAUACAUCGACGAGAUUCAUAGUAAAUAUGUCGAUGAAUUGCUCAGGACAUGGGAGGAGUGGAAGGAUACUUUCGCGAUCAAUCGUGCCCGCGAGCUGGAGAUCAUCGAGUAA